AUGCAAAGCACAUACGCCUCUGCCGCUCACAGCCUGCACGAAGAAGCGCCGUCCGACGAGAUUCUGGCAGCGUUCGAGCUCCUCAAGAAGCAGCGGACGGCGGUCGAAGACAAGCGAAUGCAAGUCGCGCUCAGUCUAGAGAGUCUCCGCGACGACGACCGCAGGCGAAAGGUCGCCGAAGACGCCCCGCCGCGUGAAUUCGCCCGACUCUUCAGCGACAACGUCGUCCCAUGUCCAACCGAGUAUGCAAAAGAGAAAAGUGCGUAA